UCCCCUCCCUCAUUCAUCGGUCCCAGAGUACUCAGAGAGCUGCUUGCUGGAAUCUGGACUCAAUAGAGAUACAGAGAGGGAGGGAGGAGAAAGCAAUAGAGGGAGGGAGAAAAAAAAAACCAAAAUAUUCCCUUGGAAAAAAAUCUCACCUGUAUACAGCUGGCUGAAGCCGUGACAGGCUUCCUGUACAGGGACAAAUCCCACAAGCAAGUAUACAAAAAAUAAUUUGUGGCUUCAAAGCAGGUGACUAUGAGAUCCUGGAUCAUUCUACUAUCCUUUAUCCUAAUUUUUGUCAUCAAGGUGAAUGGUCAGCGGCGUAAGCCACGACCUACAGUGGUACGUCCACCUAAGAGGCCAACACCACCUCCACCAGAACCAGUGGAGCCGACAGAGCUGCCCCCUCCACUUCCUCCUGGACCCCCAUCUGUCUUUCCUGACUGCCCCCGUGAAUGCUACUGUCCCGCUGACUUCCCAUCCACCAUUUAUUGUGACAGUCGUAACCUGCGAAAGGUACCCAUUCUCCCUUCCCGUGCUAGGUAUGUUUACCUUCAAAAUAAUUUUAUUGAUGACUUGCAAGAGGAGGCCUUCAAAAAUGCAACUGAUCUGCAAUGGAUCAACUUGGACAAUAACCGGGUUAAGAAAAUUGAAAAGAAAAUCCUUGAGAAAAUGGGCAACCUGACUUACUUGUAUUUGGACAAAAAUCAACUGAAGGAGGUACCAUCUUAUUUACCUCCUAGACUAGAGCAGCUUCGCCUCAGUCGUAACCAAAUAUCUAAAAUUCCUCCUGGAGUCUUUGGUAAAAUGGAUCACAUGAUCUUGCUGGACUUGCACCAUAACAAGCUAAGUGAUGGGGUAUUUAAUAAAAACACAUUUAAGGGCCUGAAGAACCUUAUCCAGCUGAAUUUGGCUCACAAUAUUCUUCGGAAGAUGCCUCCCACAGUUCCCGAGAGUGUGAAUCAGCUAUUCCUAGACAGAAAUAACAUACAAGACAUUCCAGAAGACUACUUUAAGGAGCUUCCUAACUUAGUCUUCCUUAGGCUUAAUUACAACCAAUUAUCAGAAAAAGGGAUACCCAAAAACACCUUCAACAUCUCUAGUCUUCUGGUACUUCAACUCUCCUACAACAAGCUGACCACAGUCCCACUCAUCAACACCAAGCUAGAGCAUCUUUACUUGAAUGAUAACAUCAUUGAAAAGAUUAACGGCACAGAGAUCUGCCCAUUGCCAAUUACACCAUACGAUUUCCUGUCUUCCGAUUUGUCCUCUGUGCCCCGACUGCGGUACCUGAGAUUAGAUGGGAAUCAACUGAAGCCUCCUAUCCCACUUGAUGUUAUCAUGUGCUUCCGACUGCUGCAGUCUGUGGUCAUCUGAGAAAACCACACAAACCUAACCGAAUACACAACCCUACAAUAACACACCAAAUAUCUGUCUCUAUUCAAUAUUAUACACUGUUAUACUAAUACACACAAUACGCAGACUGAUGCUCGCAACAAAAUGCACAAGGACAACGUAUUCUAAUAUUAUAGUCACUUUACCAAGCUAACACAGCAUACACCUAAUGUGAACAUACCUGGCUCUAAUAAAACAUGCAUGAUAUGUAUGUGCUUAAAAGCAACACAGGCCAAUAAUAUGAAUUUUUAAAUGCUUCUUGCAUUAGGGUUAUCUGGUGGGACAAGUUUAAAUAGGGAUUUUGUAUAAGCAGGAGAAUAAAAAGGGUAUUUUUUCCCUGUGACGAAUGGGACUACUGGUCCUGGUUUAAAUGAAUCCC